CCGGACACGGUGCCCCUCUGUCCCCUGUCUCUGUGCUCCAUGCUCUGCCCAUCCAUGUGUUUGUGUUUGGUGCUGAGUGCUGGCUCCUGGGGGCUGUCUGUGUGUCUGUCUGUGAGGGGGUGCAGGACAGACUGACAGUCACUAGGACCCUGUGGGAGCCAGCAGCUGGCAGUGCCAGGAGUGUGCCCUGUGUAGCCCUGGCUGGGAGUUAUGGGGGUGGCAGUCCAGCUGUAUAGAAAGUGAUGGAUUAAGGGGGGGUGGGGGAUAAAGGGAAGUGAAGGCGGAUCCACGUGGUGCUCACACAGACAGACAGAGAUCCUAUUGUUCCCAAUCAAUUACAGGCAGCAGCUCCCUGCUACAGGCUGACAAAGGGCCAGCCAUCUCACCCCAAUCUGGGCUCCAGGGUACCUGCUCCUACAUCCUGCUCUCUCACACCUGUCUGCAGGUAACUGGGGGCUGCUGGUAUAGGGGUACAGCAUGGGGGGCGCUGGGGGCACCUCUCACCCUCCCUGGGGGGCUACUCAGCACGUUUCCCAGAGUUGGGGUGCCCUGCCUAGAAGUUAACAUGGAGAGCAAAGUCCUGGGAAAGUUAGAAUGGGGGUUGGGGGGACUUUAACUGGAGUUGGGGGGUUGUUUGCAGGAUGGGGUGUCAGUGGGGGGAAGGUUUGAAGUGCUGGGCUGUGAAGGGGGUGCAGCCUUGAUUUGGGAAGGGUUUGCUGGGGAAUGAGGGGCAUAGUUGGGGUUUACACCGUGUUUUGGAGGGGCAGCAGGAGCAGCUGUGGGGUAAGAGUGCCACAUUGAGGGAUGGGGGUUUAAUAAAUGUAGGGGGUGUUGAGGGUUAUUUGGGGGGUUAAUGAAUGCAGGGGGUGUUGAGGGUUAUUUGGGGGGUUGCUGGGAGUGAGCAGGGGGUGUUGAGGGUUUAAUGAAUGCAGGGGGUGUUGAGGGUUAAUUGGGGGGUUUAAUGAAUGCAGGGGGUGUUGAGGGUUAAUUGGGGGGUUUAAUGAAUGCAGGGGGUGUUGAGGGUUAAUUGGGGGGUUCCUGGGAGUAUUUUUGGGGUGUACAUUGUGUCUCUGACUAUUGCUCGGGGUUUCUCAUGGGGGGGGGGGAUAUUUUGGGGUCAGUAAUGUGUUUGCUGUGUCUCGGUGAUGGCUGAGGGUAGUGUGAGUUGGCUUCUGUGGGAGGCCCUCUACCCGGCAGCACAUGGCCCUCGGGGGCCUCUUUGUCUCGGCCGGUCAUUAACCCGUGUCUCCCCGCAGGGAUCAUGCCCAGGAAGAAGGUCACCGACGGGAACGGAGCGGCCCGGCCCGGGGGCAGGAAGAAAGCCGCGGCCUCUGGUAGGAAGAGAGACCGCGACGAGUUCAGCAGCGACGAUGACGAUCUGGACGCGAGCCCGGGGUCUGACGGCGGAUUCCAGGCCCAAAACAACAAGAGGGGCCCGGGGAAGGGGGCCAGCAAAGCCCCGGCUGCUGUGAUCGUCACCGAGCCCGAGCACACCAAGGAGAAGAUUGUAAGCUCCUGGGACCACUGUGUAUUAUACUGUAUGCUAUUAAUGGCUAAUAUCACCCAUUCCAAUACCAUCCAAUACCAACUCUGGGCUUCAUAGAACUAACUAUAACAUUAUCUGAUACCAAUAGAACUAUAACAUUAUCUGAUGCCAGCUCUGGGCUUCAUAGAACUAACUAUAACAUUAUCUGAUACCAGCUCUGGGCUUUAUAGAACUAACUAUAACAUUAUCUGAUACCAGCUCUGGGCUUUAUAGAACUAUAACAUUAUCUGAUACCAACUCUGGGCUUUAUAGAACUAUAACAUUAUCUGAUACCAACUCUGGGCUUCAUAGAAAUAACUAUAACAUUAUCUGAUACCAACUCUGGGCUUUAUAUAACUAUAACAUUAUCUGAUACCAACUCUGGGCUUUAUAGAACUAUAACAUUAUCUGAUACCAACUCUGGGCUUUAUAUAACUAUAACAUUAUCUGAUACCAACUCUGGGCUUCAUAGAAAUAACUAUAACAUUAUCUGAUACCAACUCUGGGCUUUAUAUAACUAUAACAUUAUCUGAUACCAGCUCUGGGCUUCAUAGAACUAACUAUAACAUUAUCUGAUACCAGCUCUGGGCUUUAUAGAACUAACUAACAUUAUCUGAUACCAGCUCUGGGCUUCAUAGAACUAACUAUAACAUUAUCUGAUACCAGCUCUGGGCUUUAUAUAACUAUAACAUUAUCUGAUACCAACUCUGGGCUUCAUAGAAAUAACUAUAACAUUAUCUGAUACCAGCUCUGGGCUUUAUAUAACUAUAAUAUUAUCUGAUACCAACUCUGGGCUUCAUAGAACUAACUAUAACAUUAUCUGAUACCAGCUCUGGGCUUUAUAUAACUAACUAUAACAUUAUCUGAUACCAGCUCUGGGCUUUAUAGAACUAUAACAUUAUCUGAUACCAGCACUGGGCUUUAUAUAACUAACUAUAACAUUAUCUGAUACCAGCUCUGGGCUUUAUAUAACUAACUAUAACAUUAUCUGAUACCAGCACUGGGCUUUAUAUAACUAACUAUAACAUUAUCUGAUACCAGCACUGGGCUUCAUAGAACUAACUAUAACAUUAUCUGAUACCAACUCUGGGCUUUAUAUAACUAACUAUAACAUUAUCUGAUACCAGCUCUGGGCUUCAUAGAAAUAACUAUAACAUUAUCUGAUACCAGCUCUGGGCUUUAUAUAACUAACUAUAACAUUAUCUGAUACCAGCACUGGGCUUUAUAUAACUAACUAUAACAUUAUCUGAUACCAGCUCUGGGCUUUAUAUAACUAACUAUAACAUUAUCUGAUACCAGCACUGGGCUUUAUAUAACUAACUAUAACAUUAUCUGAUACCAGCACUGGGCUUCAUAGAACUAACUAUAACAUUAUCUGAUACCAACUCUGGGCUUUAUAUAACUAACUAUAACAUUAUCUGAUACCAGCUCUGGGCUUCAUAGAAAUAACUAUAACAUUAUCUGAUACCAGCUCUGGGCUUUAUAUAACUAACUAUAACAUUAUCUGAUACCAGCACUGGGCUUUAUAUAACUAACUAUAACAUUAUCUGAUACCAGCUCUGGGCUUUAUAUAACUAACUAUAACAUUAUCUGAUACCAGCACUGGGCUUUAUAUAACUAACUAUAACAUUAUCUGAUACCAGCACUGGGCUUCAUAGAACUAACUAUAACAUUAUCUGAUACCAACUCUGGGCUUUAUAUAACUAACUAUAACAUUAUCUGAUACCAGCUCUGGGCUUCAUAGAAAUAACUAUAACAUUAUCUGAUACCAGCUCUGGGCUUUAUAUAACUAACUAUAACAUUAUCUGAUACCAGCUCUGGGCUUUAUAUAACUAACUAUAACAUUAUCUGAUACCAGCACUGGGCUUUAUAUAACUAUAACAUUAUCUGAUACCAGCUCUGGGCUUUAUAUAACUAACUAUAACAUUAUCUGAUACCAGCUCUGGGCUUUAUAUAACUAUAACAUUAUCUGAUACCAGCUCUGGGCUUUAUAUAACUAACUAUACAACUCUGGGCUUCAUAGAACUAACUAUAACAUUAUCUGAUACCAGCUCUGGGCUUUAUAUAACUAUAACAUUAUCUGAUACCAGCUCUGGGCUUUAUAGAACUAACUAUAACAUUAUCUGAUACCAGCUCUGGGCUUUAUAUAACUAUAACAUUAUCUGAUACCAGCUCUGGGCUUUAUAUAACUAUAACAUUAUCUGAUACCAGCUCUGGGCUUUAUAUAACUAUAACAUUAUCUGAUACCAGCUCUGGGCUUUAUAUAACUAACUAUAACAUUAUCUGAUACCAGCUCUGGGCUUUAUAUAACUAACUAUAACAUUAUCUGAUACCAGCUCUGGGCUUUAUAUAACUAACUAUAACAUUAUCUGAUACCAGCUCUGGGCUUUAUAUAACUAUAACAUUAUCUGAUACCAGCUCUGGGCUUUAUAUAACUAACUAUAACAUUAUCUGAUACCAGCACUGGGCUUUAUAUAACUAUAACAUUAUCUGAUACCAGCUCUGGGCUUUAUAUAACUAACUAUAACAUUAUCUGAUACCAGCUCUGGGCUUUAUAUAACUAUAACAUUAUCUGAUACCAGCUCUGGGCUUUAUAUAACUAUAACAUUAUCUGAUACCAGCUCUGGGCUUUAUAUAACUAUAACAUUAUCUGAUACCAGCUCUGGGCUUUAUAGAACUAACUAACAUUAUCUGAUACCAGCUCUGGGCUUCAUAGAACUAACUAUAACAUUAUCUGAUACCAACUCUGGGCUUCAUAGAACUAACUAUAACAUUAUCUGAUACCAGCUCUGGGCUUCAUAGAACUAACUAUAACAUUAUCUGAUACCAACUCUGGGCUUUAUAGAACUAUAACAUUAUCUGAUACCAACUCUGGGCUUUAUAGAACUAUAACAUUAUCUGAUACCAACUCUGGGCUUCAUAGAACUAACUAUAACAUUAUCUGAUACCAACUCUGGGCUUUAUAUAACUAUAACAUUAUCUGAUACCAGCUCUGGGCUUUAUAGAAUUAAUAUUAUUAUUUAAUACCAGCUCUGGGGUUUAUAACGUGUACGGUGAGCUUUAUUCACUAAAUACAGAAUUAUACAAAUUCUCCAACCUAAUUAUAGUCCCCAAAUUGCUGUAUUACCCAAUAUAUUUUAUCUGUGAACCAUUCUAGAAAACCCCAGUGUCUGGUAUUUCAUAUAUUGCUUUUUAGUUAAACAAGUUGUGGUGUUCUUUUCACGCCUGUAAUAUCAUUAAAUAGCUGCACAAUCUGAAUGCUUCAGGUACUUUUUCUUUUUGUAGAGAAAGAUAAUCUUUCAGCAGAUGAUUCUCAUAUUAUUUUCUAUAUAAAAUUAUUGAUGGAGUGACCAAAUAAUCACUACUUAGAGCCUAAGUCUGUAAAUGGCAAAGACUUUCCCGGAGGUCCGAUCAUUUUAAAGAAGGGGUUCUGUAUUCAGGGCUUCAUGAUCUCUCUUGUAGGAAGGAGGGCUUAGAUUGGGAGACCCUGCUUUUAUAUAAAUAAAAACAAACUACUGUUAAUACCCUUGUGAAUGUUCUUUGACGUGUGUCUGACUAGUUCUGACAAAUAGUAAGGUAGCCGCACUGUUAUCAUCCAUUUAACCAUCCCUACGCACUUGCAAUACAAAGCACAAACUCUUACAUUGCCAGUGUUACCCGUCCAACCACUGUAACCAAGUAAUUACAGCCAUGAGCCACUAGCUUCUAAUGUGGUUUACGUCUCUAAACUAUGUACAUCAGAUUACCUCUGCUUCUACAUAGUCUGUCUGAGAACACUCCCUUCAUUUUCAGAUGUUUUCUGCUAAUAAUUGUAGAAUUAAUGCAAAUUUUUAACUGAUACCAUGCAAUAUUGUAAUGAGCUGUCUGUAAAGCCGUGUGUGGCCCCCACGUUUAAAAGUGGGAUAAGCAUAUAGAAAUACAACUAAAUGUAGCACCUGCACAAGGAAUGGUCUGUUUCUACUUUUUGUUAGUCUUUACUUUGUCCAAUACCCAUUUAUUCUGGUCUGUCUAUUCUUAUAGAAACUUGAAGGCUCCAAAGCAAAGGGACAACUUCUAAUCUUUGGAGCAACCAACUGGGACUUGAUUGGACGUAAAGAAGUACCUAAGCAGCAAGGUGAGUUAAACAGCCGACAUGAUAAACUGGUUAUGUGCCCCUGCUGCCAGCAUUGUGAGUGCUGACAUGGGGUAUGUGGAGGUUUUGGGGAUAUCUUUAAAGUGAUGGUAAAAGGGACAGAACACGUGUUUAGUGAUGCUAGAAAUCUGUAUUCUAAAAUAUCCGGUAACGGAUAAGUUGCAAUAUAUUAUAUACAAGUAAUAUACGUACACAGAUCCUAUGGUGAUGGUCUCUAUACAAUUGACCCUUUAAAAUAAGACCUAAAAAAACAAUAGUGCAGUAAGGGUAUGUGAAUGAGUGCUUGAGUAAGUUCACACUCACAUUUACUAGAGCUAACUCAGAGCUCAGCUGUUAUUACGCAUGGACGAAACAAUCCCCGUCUCAGUAUGUAUAUGGAACAAUAGGCGUCUUGAUGGUCUCAAGCAGCUGAUAUGUGGUGAUCUAUAGAGAAUCCAAAUAGUGCAAUAUAUAUACUACCAAAUAAAUAAAAAGAAAAUAUAAAAAGACGUACUUACGUUUGCUAGAGCAGAACUUGCUCUUGUCAGUAUAGCAUAGGUGGUAUAAUGCCCACCAAGGAAUAUGAUGGUAACAGGAAGUAAAGGAGUUGAAAUCCAGAGUGAUUAAAAGGAUAAAAAUUACUAUAUUAGAAAAAUAAUAAAAUGCUGUAUAAAAUCACUCAAAGUCCACUUAACGCUGUUUCACCUCUAAAAAGGCUUCUUCAGAAGUGGUUUUUAUAGGUGAAACGCGUUUAGUGGUCUUUUUGAGUGAUUUUAUACAGCAUUUUAUUUUUUUCAGCACUUUUAUAAAGGUGUCAAGUUGCCCCGUUGUCAUCUGGGAGGUUACUCUUCAUGAUCAUUUUGAACCCAGCACAAUUCAGAAGGAAUGUAUCUUCUCGAGGCAUUGUAAUGAGUGCUUCACUGCAAUAAGCAUUGCUUGCACUGAGAGGCCAUAGUUGUGUAUGCACCGUGCCUCUCAAAGCUUCUCUAUGAUGAGCCUACUAGUGGCCAGAUCUUGAUCUCAUUGAUUUAAAGUAGUUGUGGUGCCUGCAAUCCCUGCUGUGGGAUAAAGCUUUUAACAGUGAAGCUAGCGCCCACAGGCAAAAUCACUGACAGAAUUGUGCUCUAUAUUAUGUCACAAAGAUACUCUCUCCGUGGAUUGCAUCUCCGUUGUUUCGUCCAUGUGUAAUAACAGCUGAGCUCCACGCACUUUAACCACCAGUGUGUUGGAGUGUUUAUAGUGCCUACAUUGUCACUUUCUAUAGCACUAGAAGAGAAGGGUCUAAUAGUGACUUUACAAGACGUGAAUAAUCUAUGCAAACAUUUUGUGUCACAUUAAAGGGACACUCCAGGCACCCAGAUCACUUCUGCAAUUGGAGUGGUCUGGAUGCCAACUCCCAUCACCCUUAAAGGACCACUAUAGGCACCCAGACCACUUCAGCUCAAUGAAGUGGUCUGGGUGCCAGGUCCAUCUAGUGUUAACCCUACCUGCUGUAAACAGCCGUUUCAGAGAAACUGCUAUGUUUACAUAUGGGUUAAUCCAGCCUCUAUUGGCUGUCUCAUUGACAGCCGCUAGAGGCGCUUCCGCACUUCUCACACUGAUUUUAGUUUUCCUAUGAGACUGGCUGCGCUCGGCUCUUGCUGCGCAUGCGCAUUCAGCCAAUGACUGACUGGGAAAGAAGGAGAGUCCCCAGUGCAGAGGGAGCCCGGCGCUGGAAAAAGGUAAGGGAUUAUGUUUUCCUGGCACUAUAGUGGUCCUUUUAAUUCUGCAAGUGUAAUUAUUGCAGUUGUUAUAAACUGCAAUAUUUACCUUGCAGAGUUAAGUCCUCCUCUAGUGGCUGUCUAUCAGACAGCCACUAGAGGGACUACCGGGUUCUUAAAACCCAAAAAGUGUUUUAAACGAUGCUGGACGUCCUCACGCUAUGCAUGAGGACCUCCAGCGUUGCUGGAGUCCCCAUGGGAAAGCAUUGAAUACUGCUUUCCUAUGUGGAGGUCUAAUAUAUGCGCGCGGCUAUUGCCACGCAUGCGCAUUAGGUCUCCCCUGCCGGCUAUCGUGGGCGGAGCCUAACCAAGCGCCGAGGGACAUCGGCGCAGGAUUCAGGUAAGUCACUGAAGGGGUUUUAACCUCUUCAGCAACAUGGGGUGGGAGGGAGAAGUGCACCAUAAUCUUGCCUUGUUACACCCUGUUUCAAAGUAUUGUCCUUUCUUCACCAAAUGUUAAUUUUUUUUUUUUUUUUCUCCAGCUGCCUACCGUAAUCUGGGACAAAACUUGUGGGGGCCCCACCGAUAUGGCUGCCUGACCGGAAUACAGGUCCGGACUGUGGCUUCUGGCCCAUGCUCAGCGCACAGUCUCCUUAUCACCACGGAGGGCAAGCUGUGGAGCUGGGGUAUGUAGAUGUAGAAGGUGGAAGUACUCCGAGGCCAGUAAAUCUAUUGCUUCUACAGAAUGAAUUGUUCUAUAAAAUGGCAAACUGCAGCCUGUAUGGGAGACUGUUUUUGUUAUUUUGCUAGAAGAAAUUACGCUUCCUUGUCUAAGGUACACACAUAGGGCUAGUUACUAAAGCAGAGUAGGGGAUUUCGAACUUAAGGCAGUAAUUCCAGAGUUAAAAAAAAAAAAAAAAGUGAAUUGGAUAAUUUGUCUAAUUCUGCUUUUUUUUUUUUUUAAACCAGGUUAUCAUAGCAUAAAAGCUGUUUAGUGGAGAUCUAUAAUCUCUGCGUGCAUUAUCAUUUAAGAUUCCACUGAGAACUUCCCCUGCUUGGUUGUGUUUUGUAAUAUUUUUAUUAUGGGAUUUCAAUUAUGGGGUUUCAAUCAAGUUUGUGUCUUUAAUCAGGGCACCUAGCCCAAUAAAAAGAAAUAUAUAUUUUAAAUACCCUUCGUCCCUGAUCAGCUAACUGUUGAAUCAGAGACUAGGGUACAGAGGUCAGGUUGGUGGUACCAGUUCCACCUAAAUGUGGGCUUGGACCCAAAUAUUUACAUAAAAAGAGCGUAAACACAAUAAUCGGAUAACUCCCCUGAAAAGAAGGGGGAACUCCCAAUUAGUCUGGUAAUGAUGGUAAAAAGGAACGCCAAAUGAUACAAGAAACUACCUAUAAAUUGUCAGAAAGAAGGUAAUAACUACAGGGAAAGCAUCUAUUGAUAUUAGAGGCACUGAAUAAACAUGUAUCCUGACAAAAGCAGUGACACACUGCAACUUUAUUAACUAUACUGUAGAGAAGAUACAGUGUAUCAGUGUCUUCAAAAAGCUUAUAACCCUAAAAUCCUAUGUGGAUCAAACUCAGUAUCCAAAUCUCAAUUAAAGCAUACUAAAUGUUAGGAAAGGUGAGAUAUCACAUGGGAUGAUCCACAAAGAAAACGAAAUAAAUGUAGUAACUUGAAAUCUUAUUAUGGAUAGGUGUGGAGGAGACAGUAUAGCAUAGAAUAAGAGUAAAAACGAAAUAUCUGUAACUAAGUAGCUUAACAACUGUAUAGAGAGAGAUAUAUGAGGAAUAGAGAACGAUAUAGGCAGUGAUUAAUAUAAUUGGAGAAAAUCCCCUGAGAACAAACGCCACUAUUCUAAUCCUCUAUCUCCUCAUAACACCUUCGUGGGUGUUCUAUAGUAAGUUGCUAACUAAGCACUGUCCCCUUACACUAAUUCCACUACACUAACCAAGCUCCAUAAAAAGUUAGCAUUUAAAUUAACGAAAAAAACAAAAGUGAAAGUCUAUAAGGGAUUCCCUCGUGCAUAGUGAGGUGCUCGAGUGAGUGGAGGGAAAUCCAAGAGAAAAAAACCAGACGCGCGUUUGAGUACAAGACUCCUUCGUCAGGGGCUGAAAAUUGCCGCCCGAACUCCCCCGGUGUUUAAAUAUAAAUUAACCAAUCCAAAGAGUUAAAAUGGAUAUCGUCAUUGAUGACGUAUCACUUAACGGCCACGUGGGGUUACCGUGGGCGGGAUAUGAAACUGCAACGUCAGAAUAAUUGACAAGCAGUACACUCCCUCUUAGCCCGAACGGUGAACAUUCCUUUUACGAUUUUUAUAUGUUUAAGAAUCAACUUAUAAACAUUAUUGAGAAUACUCGUUGGCCUUUCUGACUGUUAUUCUCCACAUUAAUAUAUAUACAUGCCUCCAAAUAGUUUAUGAAAAUUUCGCCGAUCGCUAUAAUUGUAUACAGUAGUUAUCUUGAAAUUAUUUAAAAGUGUAGACAGUCAAAUCGUUGCAUUGCCCAUAUCUCCAAUGAGAAUAUCUUCCAAUUAUAGUAUUAAAGGUAUAGAUAUAGUUAUGCUUUUCUAUAAUAAUAUUCAGAUAAAGGGACAAAAAGAAAGAGGAUGGGCAAAAAAAGUGAGAGGGGGGGGGGAGUUAAGGAACUUAAAUUAAAUCAAGUGUAAUAUUAACCAGUGAACCAAAAUUACUGGACUAAGCGUUAAAAAGAAAAUGUUGGCUAAUAUCUAAACUGACUAAGGUAUAAAAAUCUAAAUAUUAACAUACGUUCUAAAAGGUGUAGAGACUUCCUAAAUAAAUGGGGAAUAUGAAAAACCUUCAUUUAGUCCCCUAGGGGACAAUGUUUUUAGACGGUAAAUCCAAUCGCAUUCUCGUCUUCUCAGACGUUGGUCCCAAUUGCCUUUCCUUUGGUCUGGUUUAAUUAGUUCGAUGCCCAAAAAUUUGAGGACACUAGGGUCCCCUUUAUGGGCUAUCUUAACAUGUCUAGAGACAGGAGUUUCGAUGUUCAUAGCUGUUUUAACUGAAUUUACCUGUUUAGUUAAUUCAAACAAGGGUAAUAGGAUUAGUAUUGGUUUAGAUUUUUGCAAGUCUAGUAUAAUCUUUCUCUGCAUUCUCCAACCUUGUUCAUUUAGCGUCUGAAUGUACGCAUUGACACGUGUUUCCUUAACCUCCAUAUGGUGCUCUGUGUCUUUCCUAAUCUGAUAGUCAGUGUGAGUUCUGAAUGCAGCCGUACUGUGCGUGACCAGAGUGAUAUCUUACCUUUUGGUGAAUGGUGGCUUGGGCUAGCAGUUGGUAAGGGAUGGGAAACUCACACGUGACAAAGUAACGAUUGUGUAAAAUGUCCCAAGUGUGGUAAGCUGGCUGAUCUGUGUUUAGUGUUCCUGGUGUACAUUGUGAGACUGUAUGCCACCUUCUGUGUAUUUCCAAGACGCGUUUUAAGCUGCAGUUGAUGGUGAGCUUGUUAAUAAACCUGUUACCGUCCAUUGGCCUCUUUGUCACAUGUGGCAUUUAAAGUUUGAAAAAUCUUUGCUAAUUCCAGGUCGCAACGACAAAGGGCAGCUGGGACAUGGGGAUAUUAAGAGAGUGGACUCCCCGAAACCUAUUGAGAGCCUGAAAGGCGAAGUGUUUGUGCACGCGUCUUGUGGACGGAACCACACACUGGCGCUGACAGGUAGCACUGCUUAUUUACUGAUGAUUUUCAUGUGUUGUCAUAUAUUUGUGUGUUUUUUAAAUGACCUUUUCCAUGCCCCCCUCCUCGUUUUUCCUCAGAGAACGGAUCUGUCUACGCAUUUGGAGAAAAUAAAAUGGGCCAACUUGGUCUUGGAAACAAAACUGAUGCCGUGCCAAGUCCUGCCCAGGUACUGUGUGCACCCAUCAAUCCCCCUGACCCUGUGUAUUCCUUCAGCCAAACUAAGUGUCUGUUCUUUCCUUAGAUCCUGUAUAACGGGCAGCCCAUCACAAAAGUGGCCUGUGGGGCCGAGUUCAGUAUGAUCAUGGACUGUAAGGGAAACCUCUAUUCCUUCGGCUGCCCAGAGUAUGGACAGUUGGGUAAGGAUUCUCCUUUAACAUGCAUUAAUGACAACAAAAACUAUACUGCACAACGUAUUGCACAACACAGAAACUGGCUAUCGCAAUGAUUUAAUCCUGCAAUUAUUGCCUGUCCGGCUACCUGUAUGGAGGGUGCAUUAUAUUUACGCCCUCCCCUUACUGUGAGUUAUCAAGGACCUUGAUCUAUAGCUCCGUACAUAAAGCGGUUUUAUGUUAUAUUGAGCUGCGGCAGAGUGCAGUGUCCAUGGGAUAUGCUCAACUCACUCAGAAAGUAAUAUUGAGCAUCCUGAUUAACCAAGUGCCUUCGUAAUUGAAGCAGAGCUCUUUGCAGAAGCUGCAAAGCCAAGGAAUUUGCAGCAAAUGCAAGAACCUUUUUGUCUUUGAAAAGCACACCCAGGAGUGACCCCUUAAAGGAUCCUUAUAGUGCCAGGAAAACAUUAAGCUGAAGUGGUCUGGGUGCCUAGAGUGUUCUUUUAAUAUUGGAAAUGGGAAGAUAUUCUAUUAGUCCUCAAAUUCUGUGUUUUGUAAAAGUUUUAGGUUAACCAAAAGGGUAAAACAGCAGCUGAAAACGUUUACCUCUGAUUUGAUAUGAACUUUGCAGUUUAACUGUCAAUUCAUCAAAACCUGUCUGAUCAUCUAAGGGUUUAUUAUUUAUUUUAUUCUCUCUCAAUUAAGGACACAACUCUGAUGGUAAAUACAUAGCACGUGCUCAGCGUAUCGAAUAUGACUGUGAGCUGAUAGCGCGCCGGAUUGCAAUAUUUAUAGAGAAGACAAAGGAUGGUCAGAUUCUGCCAGUUCCUAAUGUGGUUGUGCGAGAUGUUGCAUGCGGAAUCAAUCACACGGUUAGUGUUUACUGGCAUCACCAAAUGUUCUUCCCCUCUGUUACAUGUCAGGGAGGGUUAUGUACUAAACUUGCAUUUUUAACAAAAGCAGAUAUAGCUAAAUAAUUUUAUGUUUAACCCCUAAUAUCUCUUUUUACUGUCAUUUAAUUUGAUGACUGCAAUAUAUGAAUACAGAAGCUCUGUAUAACCUGAGUUCAUAUCAAACUGUUUUUUGAGAUGUUGGGCAAAACCAAGGGUCUUCUGGCAACCAAAACAAUCUUUCAUACGUGAAAUUCUGUACGACCGGGGCCAGACUUGGCUGUGGGCAAAGCCCUGAUUUGUCAAACACCACCAGGGGCCAGAGCUCCUAAUUUAGAGAGCUCCUUUAAAGGGACACUAUAAUCACCAAAACAACGUAAUGAAGCUGGUUUGGUGCCCCUACAGUCUCACUGCUCAAUUCUCUGCCGUUUAGGAAUUAAAGCACUUUUGUUUCUGUUUAUGCAGCCUUACCCACACCUUCCCUGACUGUGACUGGCACAGCCAGCAUUAAAACAAAAUGGUUUUCAUUUUCAUUCAGAUUUACAGCACAGUGUGUUUUAAUUUAGACAUUUUUAUCUCCUGCUCUUUAAAUUUAACUUUAAUCACAUGCAGGGAGGUGUGACUAGGGCUGUAUAAACAAAGUGAUUUAACUCCUAAUUGACAGAGAAUUCAGUAGUAAAACUGCAGGGGCAUAAGCUACACAGCAAAACUGCUUCAUUAAGCUAAAGUUGUUUUGGUGCAUGUAGUGUCCCUUUAAUCUUUCGGGGUACUUAUUGUACAUUACUGGUAAGUUGUGUUUGUUUUUUUUUGUAAAGAGUCCUGAGCUGGCUGACCUUACAUUUGUGCAUAUUCCAUGCACAGAUAUUCAUUUGUUGCUGUCUGACUAUGAAUGUUCCUCAGUAGCCGGACGCUGAUCUCCCAGCCUGGCAGGACUUUGACAGGAGACAAACUGUUGUAAAAUGGGUUGUCCCCUUAUUGGGAACAUCACAAGGCUCUCUAGCAUCAUAACCACUGUAGUAGUUGUGGUGCUCAGAGUAACCCUUAAUCUAUGCCCCAAUACUAUUACAUUUCCAUGAUGCUGUAGAGCUCUGCUGCCCUCUUGCUGUUACAAAUAUAAUUGCAGUUUUCAUACAUUUUUGUCUACGCUGUGCUAAGAUAGUUCUCUGCUGAUUAAUAAACAAAGUAUUGGUAUGAGCACUUGCUUUGCUUCUCAAACCUCUCCAUUCUGCUUGUGGACUGCCAAGAAAUUAUAGAUUUUCCUAUAUUUGUACAGCUUGUGUUGGACUCUCAGAAGCGCGUCUUCUCCUGGGGAUUUGGUGGUUAUGGCCGGCUAGGACAUACGGAGCAAAAGGAUGAGAUGGUGCCACGACUGGUAAAGCUGUUUGACUUCCCGGGUCGUGGUGCAUCUCAAAUAUACGCUGGUGCCACCUGUUCUUUUGCCGUCAAUGAGAUGGGUGAGAGAAAUUAUUAAUCUAUAAAACAUUUAUUUUGUUUUAUAAGUUCUGAUCUCUUGAGGCUUUAUUUAUUUUAUUUUUCUUCCCAUCUUCAGGUGGAUUGUUUUUCUGGGGAGCAACAAACACUUCACGUGAUUCCACUAUGUACCCCAAAGCUGUGCAGGAUCUGUGCGGAUGGAAGGUCAGAAGCUUGGCGUGUGGGUAAGGAUUGAUGUCAUGUCUGUUGUGCUUUGCAGCUUUAAAAUACAAUUAAUGGAUUCCAUGUUUGUCCUUUUUAGUGUGAAAUGCUUUUUAUUUUUCCCUGGUAGACCAUUUGGGUCACUGCUUUGCUCACCUACCUGUAAGGCCAAACUUCCUGGGUUACACAAAUGUACGUUCUAUAAUUAAACUUUUGCCACUUUUUAAAAUUUUGUUUUCUUUAAACAAUCCUAUUCACAAAAACCUCCAAUGCCUAAACUAGCACACCUAGCGCCGACAUGCAAAUGGUGUCAGUGAUAUUCUCCAAAACCUCUAAAUCCCAGUUGUACCGUAAACUUUGGUUUGGGCCAGAGACUGUAAUACUGAAACUACAUAAUAUAAAAGUCAAAUUAUCUGUGUUCAAUAUAUCAUUUCAUAGACGUUGGAGAAGUCUAGGCACACCAACAUUGUGUGCAGUUACAAGCUGUAAUGGAACUUGGCCCACGUCACGACUCUUUGUUAAAUCUAAGUUCACAUUGUGUGACUGAAAUGUUGUCUCGUGUGUUCCUUUAAAGCCUGUCAUGCCACAAAAUGUUUGUGUGCCCUGACUUCUAUCAGAAUCUUGUGCGAAGUUGGGCCUCCCUAUUGUCUGGAGCCUUAUUCUGUCAUUUGAACAUAUUUGUUUACCGGACUGCAGUCCUUACAUUCAUGAGUUUAUGAAGUCUUGUGUUAGUGGCAUCCUCCCCGAUUAGCCAUGUAACUGCAGUGAGCGUGCGCAUAAAGGAUAAUUGCAGCAUAGGAAUUGGAGCAGACACUAUAGAAACUAAUGGAACCCUCAGUCUGUCCACAUAGAGUAUCGCACUUAUUAUAGAUGACACAAUGUAACAAAUGUUAGCCUGAUACCGCCUUGCAGUUAGUGUUUACCUUCACAUUACCAACGUCCCCACAUCCACAACAAAUAAACCUAGACUGGUUUUAGUCUUUGUUGCCAUGGUAGUAAUGUCGGCUGUCAGAUUCAUAGCAGGUACUUAGUAUUUUUCAAUUUUGUUUUUUCCAGGAAGAGCAGUAUUAUUGUAGCAGCCGAUGAAAGCACAAUCAGCUAUGGCCCUUCUCCAACCUAUGGAGAGCUGGUAAGUGCGUUUUUGUUUUUUUUUUUUGGUUUUUUUAUUGAACAGUUCUCUGUGCUGUAUGAAAUCCCAGUAGCCAAAAAAGAAAUCAAAAUAAAUAUAUAUAUUUCUAUUUAGUGUGUAUUUUCAGAUCCCAUGAUCUUUCAGACCAGAAAGUUCUUGACAGUCAGCACAUUACAUUCUGGAUGGCGCAUAUUGUUCCUCUUUGAUCUAAAUUACAUCCUAUUGUUACAUCAAACGGCAUUUGCUUCUCUCCUUAGGGCUAUGGUGACAACAAGGCCAAAUCCUCAACUACUGCGCAGGAAGUAAAGACGCUGGAUGGUGUCUACGCAGAGCAGGUAAGAUAGUGACUGUCCCCACAGUAGUCACUGACCCUUUAGUGUCUCGCGAUAUUGUAACAUUUUCCUUGAAUCCUGUUUUGCAGGUUGCGAUGGGUUAUUCGCACUCGAUGGUCGUAGCACGGGACGAGACUGAGAAAGACAAAGAGAAAUUGAAAAAGCUCCCAGAGUACAACCCCCGUACCCUGUGAUGCUGAAUGAACCUCCUGCCCUGCGAGGAGAUGCAAUAUUCCAACCACUCCUCUCCCACCCCUAAAGACACCUUUCAGUGCCACCUACGACUGCCUGGCAGGCAUCUCCAGUACUGAAAGGGUUAAGGCAGCUGUAUCUCGCCGAGGGUACCAGGACUUUGCUCGUUCUUACAUUCCUUCUACAUGAUCUGCAUUCUCUACUUUUGUUUCUCCCAGAAACUGGCUGAAAAAUGUUUUCCUUCCUUUUUCUAAAUCUUUACAGAGACUAUUGACCCAAUGUGUUUGGGGGAUUUAAAAAGGGAGCUAGGUGGGCGUCUGAUUAAAGGCCAAGAAAAAGACUGCAAAAUACUGGUACCUCUCACCAUUUUAACCAGCCACUUCCUGGUACUAUUGCGCGCAGCCUUUGGCCUUCGUAAAACAAUAAAUCAAACCCAAGGAGCUUGUUCCCGAGUUGCAGAAAAUGCUGUAGGUAUCUCUAGGCAGCUGUCUUGUGUUUUAUUUUUAUUUUUCCUUUUAAAUAAUCAGCAGGCGCUUGGUCCAGCCUCGGCAUUCCCAAAUCUUUUCAGUUGGACAGAAUCGGUGCCUUGUGAAUGAGCAUAGAUUGACUUUUCAUUCCAGCACUUCUGGUGCCUUGUUAACCUCCCAUUCCCACCAGUUUGUUUCAUAGUGUUCUUGUUAAAGGUGUCCAGCUGUUGGCUCACUGUCAUGUGAUUGAGUGCAACUCUCAUUAUGCUCAGCCAUUUUGCUGGUAGUGGGAUUUGCAGACCUUUGAACAGCAGGUAAAGUUGCAUCGGGCACUAAUUUUCUGUUAUGUUGUGUUAGAAUUUAGAAAAGAAUGAGGAGAUAAAGUCUUUAUAGAAACUGCUAUUGUGUAUUGUUUAUCCUCCAUUAAAAAUUUCCCUAGCCCAGUAAGCGUGCCAGGGAUCUGGGCAUGAAGAAUCUGUCCGUAUCCACAGCUUAACUUCAGAGGAAAAGGCAGCCACUCAGUACAGCGCUUAUUACUGCUUGAUGUUAGAGCAGGAUUCUGCCGAUAGCCAUUAUUUUUGUGCAUUAAUUUCCACUCCUGUCCCAAAACUUGGUGUGGGGGGAGGGGGAGGCGGCUCAGAAUUAGUUUGAAACCAUAUUGAGCAUGGUUGUAUGGGUCAUCCUAUGGUGAACUGGUUCCUGAGCCAUGUUUUCCACAGAUUACCUGCUCCAUGGCCUUAAAUGUUAAUAUACACCCUAUGCAGCCACUCCAAUUAUUCAUCUCCACAUCUUAAUUUGUUAAAUGUAACUUUUUUGUUUAUUCUCCCCACCCAGCUCUGUCACUUAGGGGAACAUGUCUGCGGUUGGGUAUAAUAACUCUAGUUCUUGAACUGCAAGUCCCAUUAGGCUUCCUUGUUUGGGGGGUGGAAGUAACCUGCCCACUCCUUGUGGCUCCGCAGUUAAACCAAACCACAGCAAUGUCUUCCUAUGGUAGUCUGGAUUGAUCUAAGAGGUUUGUGGGUUACUGAUGUAUCAUUCUGUUACAAGUUUUAUAUUUCAUAUAGUUCAUUGUCUAAAUAAAGACGUCUUUGUGUAAAAACUUCA